UUGCCUUUGAAACUACAGCGCCUCCUCCAAUCAGCGAUGGGCCGUUGCAGGUGCUGCGCCUUCAACCCGCAGCAAAUAAAUAAAUAAUCCGCGCCAAAGCGGUCGGCAGUCGCUUAGACCGGCGAUUACGAUUCGUUGAUUUAUAUUCCGUAGUGCGCAUAAGGGAGUCGAGGGCGAGCGAUUGGACGCCGCGGCGCCACGUGACGACCCGGAGACGCGCGUCCCAUUGGUUGAAAGUAGCCCGGAGGGCUGCGUGCGGACUGGGAUUUGUAAACCGUCCGCCCACCCCGCCCCCAGCCGGUACACCUGGACACGUGUCACAGACAGGAACGUGACGUUGAGGAGCCUCGUGCUGUGCCACAGCAUCGCCUGGAACGCCGCCACGCGGAGCCGGAGAUCUCACCGGCACCCGGCUGGCCGCACCACGCAGAGCCGGAGAUCUCACCAGAACCCAGCUAACCGCACCACGCAGAGCCGGAGAUCUCACCAGAACCCAGCUAACCAAACCACACGGAGCCGGAGAUCUCACCAGAACCUAGCUGACCGCACCAGGCGGAGCCGGAGAUCUCACCAGAAUCCAGCUGACCGCACCACGUGGAGCCGGAGAUCUCACCAGAACCCAGCUAACCAAACCACGCGGAGCCGAAGAUCUCACCGGCACCCAGCCCCCGGCCAAGCGGCCGACGCGGCACACCUUCCGGUUGGCUCCAUACGGCGCGGAAGACAGAGGUUCAACUCUACGCACGUUAACAACGCAGCUCGCCACAAGCCAAGGAAGCUUCCACAGCUGUCCACGGCUGUCCACAGGCCUUGCCGCCCCCACGCCCGCGCCCCAAAGAAACUUUCAGGACGUCUCCUGCCCCCCCCCCCCCGUUAAACCUCGACCGCGGCUGGCGAGUGUGAGCGAGUCGCCGUACGGGUGAGCGGGCGAGUCAAUUUGUGAACAUUUUGUGAGCGGGUGAAUGGGUGGGGUGAGCGAGCAAGCGAGCGACUGAGAAAGUUAGCGAGUGCGUGAGCAGGUGAGUGAGCGAGCAACAACAGAGCGAGCAAGUGGGAGUUCACGAGCGAGCAAAUCGAGAGAGUGCGUGAGAGAGCAUGUGAAUGAAUGAGUGAGUUAGCGAGCGAGUGUGUAUGCGAGUGAGCAGUCGAACGAGUGAGCAAUCGAGCGAGUGUGCGAGCGAACAAUCGACUGAGCGAGCGAGGAGUUCCGUCGCCACCGGUGAGGUCGUGCGUCCGGGCGGGAGCCCGUGGUUGUCCGCGAUGCCGCGCCGUGCCGCGUGGGCCGGGCUGCAGCUGCUGCUGCUGGUGGCGGCCGUGCCGCUGCAGACGCUCAUCGUACAGUGGAGUGGCAACAACGCCUUCCAGAGGCUGCACGCCAUGCGCUGGCUCACGGAGGAGUUGGGGGGACUGCGGCAGCGGCUGCUGAGACCGGUGCCGUGGCUGUCGUGGGCUCGCGGCUUCGUGCGGCACGCGCGCACGGCGCUGGGUGAGGGGGAAGAAGAGGAUGCGAUGGGGGAGUGCGCUGCCUUGGAAGUUCUCCGACUGGAGGAGAUAGACGGACACUUUGCCACCUCGGUGUCGGUGCGCUCCCCGCGCCCCCCCCGCGUCUCGUUCCGCGUGGGCCAGGUGAUCCGGCACCGGCACGCCGGCUUCACCGGCGUCAUCGUCGGCUGGGACGCGCGCACGCACGCACCCCACGACUGGGUGCAACGCUCACACCGCGGGAAGGCGAGUCUCCGCGAGUCCCCCCACUACCGCGUGCUCGUGUCGGGGAGGAACGCCGUGACCUACGUGCCACAGGACGACAUCGCCAUCCUCAACGGGGUGCAGGUCGCCCACGAGGAGCUGGGCGUCUACUUCCGGGCGUUCGACGGCGCGCAGUACGUCGCGAGGCCCUGGCUGCGCGAGCUCUACCCCCACGACUGACGGCGGCGACUGCGGCGGCGCGGCUCAAACCCCCCCGAGGGCGACGACGUGGACACCGAGCGCCGGAGCUGUCGCGCGGUUGAACCCCGGAGCAGGCCGGAGCGCGUGCAGACGCAUGGAAUCGGUCCGUCGUGCUGGAUAGAUGUUAACUACCUCGCCCGGUAUGCAGGUGGUCGUGGGUUCGAUCCUGACCCUCACGCCUGCUGCUGCUGCUG